AUGACUCCCAAGGUGUGCCAUAAAUGUCACGAAGUCUUCCAGGGCAACGACACCAAGCAUCACUGCAGGGCCUGUGGGGAGGGCUUCUGUGAUGGCUGCUCUUCCAAAGCAGCCCCAGUCCCAGAGAGAGGCUGGGGCCUGGCUCCGGUCCGAGUCUGUGAUGUCUGCUAUGAUCAGAGAGAUUCAUUUGCAGAACUGCAAGACACCGAUAUUGCGUUACAUUGUAGCAAAAUGGCGGCUGUCAUUCAGAAUCCACUAAAAGCACUUGGCGACCAGUUCUAUAAAGACGCCAUUGAGCAGUGCCGCAGCUACAAUGCCCGCCUGUGCGCCGAGCGCAGCGUCCGUCUUCCAUUCCUCGACUCUCAAACCGGGGUGGCCCAGAACAACUGCUACAUCUGGAUGGAGCGCCAUCACCGGAACCCUGGUCCAAAGGGUCAAGCUGGAGCAAACAUUCCCAACGACUUCUGUACGAAAUGCCACGGCUCAAAGAAAACCGGUAAAUCUGGCUCCCCCUGCACGGCCUGUCAGCGCAUAGCUGACUGCGGAGUGGAGAAAGAGGACGGGCCGAUGGCCGGAGCGGAGGAGCUGUUCGGAACCACCUCUGAGAGCGACACGUCCACUUUUCACGGCUUUGAGGACGAGGACCUGGAAGAGGCUGCAGCCAACGGCAACGGCAUCUCUAGCCGCCACAGAUAG